UCAUUUCACUUCAUUGGUGUAUUGUGUUGUGCUGUGUUUGUUACUUUGCAAAGCUACUUGAAAGUCAAAUAACAUAACGUAACGUAACGUAACGUAAUAUUACUAUACUGUACUGUACUGUAAGUAAUAAAACAAAGUAUUGUAACUGUACUUACUGUAACUGUAACUGUAACAUAACGUUCUAAAUUUUAAAGUUGAAUUUGUUCAAAAUCAAAUAAAAUUAAAAAUGUUUUAUACGAUAAAUAUUUGUGCUUUUCUUAUCUUCAUGGUUUCACUCAAUUCAGUACAAAGUUUAACAACUUUUGGUAAAUCGCCAAGUAAUCAAAAUCAACCUAUUCCAACACCAACUGCACGUGGCAAGGACUGUACCAUGGAAUCAGAAUGUGCUGGAAUACAAGACACAAGUUGUGUUCCAGAUCCCUUGGAUAAAAAAAUGAGAUGUCUUUGUGGUGACAACAAAGCCCCGCAAAACGGUCAAUGUCAGGCUAAAAUAAAAGGAGUGGGCCACUCUUGCAACUCAGACAGUGAAUGUUUAGAAGGCGGGUCAUGUAUGAUCAAUAAUGCUACGAAUGGUAAUAAUGGAAAUAAUGGAAAUAAUGGUGGUACCUCUUCAAAAGUUUGCAAAUGUGCUGAAGGUGCUGUGGAAAUUGGAAACAUGUGUAGUGGAGGUGCUCCAAUGGUAAACAUCGAAUCACCACUGAUCAUAACUACUUCACUGGUUGUUGCAAUGAUAUCUAUUUUAAAAUUAAAUUAAAUAAAGUUAAUAAUAUUUACAAUUAC